AUGACGCAGCAGCAGCAGCAGCAGGAGCCGCCACCACCUAAGCAGCGUUUACAGCAGCCAAGUAAGCAGCCAUCACAGCAGCUGCCAAAGCAGCUGUCACAGCAGCCAGCGCCGCAGCUCCAGCCCUCGCUGCAGCAGCAGAAAACUCGAAUCACCCGCAAACGCCCGCUGCCCUGGGAAGCGGGACAAUCUGAAGCCAAGCCGGCAGAGCCGGUGGUCAAGGAGGAGAGCUUUCCACACACGCAGGCUCCGGAUUGGCUAGGUGAAUCGCAAGCAGCAGCGAAAGCUUCAUCUGCAGUCCCCUGCAGAGUGAAGGAGGAGCUGGAAGAGAAGCCACAAGCUGCCGUGCCACGGAGCUCCCAACAACCUGUGCAAGUAGCCGGGAGCGAUGAGCCCGCUGCUGGAGCAGGGAGCCACAAUCAGAGCCAACAAGGUCAGCCCCCCGCCGUGAAGCGGAAGCCCAAGCCCGAGCAGCCCAUUGAGGUGGUCCAAAGUCAGCAAGCCACGCCAAGCUUGCGAAUAGCCAGCCAGCCGAAGGCAAAGCUAGAACAAAAGCAGGAGGAGGAAAAGAUCAACUCUGGUACCAUCCAGUCGGUUCACUCCACACAUCCUCCUCCUCCUCCUCCUCCAGAAGUGAAAGCGGAGGAGGAGCUCAUCAUUGACGGCACUGAGCCCGUGGUGCACCCGACGGGGACGUGGCUAAAUCCCCUGAAAGCACGAGGUUGCAAUCGAUUAGUUCUGGAAGGUGUCGAGUUACCUCGCGCCUCCUGGACGACUGCGGACAAGCGGGCGCCAGAGGUGCAGCGGUCGGAUGGAAAGCCCAACUUCAAGCGCUUCCGUAAGGGCCAGAGUGGCACUACAGUCACCACGUACGUUCGUGUGGUGCCCUAUGCGCCCCCAGUGCGUCAGCUUAACUUCGAAACCCAGCCGUCCAUCGACAUGCGAGAAAGUGAGAUUCCAAACUUGGGCAUGUGA